AUGCCUCAGGGGGUGCCUUUCACUGGUUUUCUUGAAAAGGCGCAAGAGAUGCUGGCGACCCAGACGACCGAUGGAAACAACACGAUAAACUCUUCAAUACGGUGCACCCUCGACCAAAUUUGUAUGGAGACCUCUGCGGAGAAUCAAGGCGCCAGUGACGUCCUCGUCAAGGGAACACCUAAAGAGGUUUCCCACUGCGGUCUGGAUGCGGAAGAUGGAUUGGGAAGUGGCAGCUCGGUAAUGCGAGAUUUCGGUGUCAGGACCGCCUCCAAUUGCGUUCCACGAACGGUCAGGUCGAAUUUGAAUCACCUCCGCUUGACGGGAGUGAAGCCGGAACGAACAACUUGGACAAAUCCGGUCACCGGGUGGAAUAGCGUUUAUGCGAUCGGGACGUUUCCCAAGUCGUUCAGCGAGCUGAAUGCCGAGGAGACGGAGGAGCUGGCCAACAUCUCCGUACUCUUCCUUCCAUUCGUAUUUCGCCGCAUCGUGGGACCAGUUGCUGGUUGCGUGUCUGCUGACCAGAACCUCAUCAGCACCAUCGUUUUCUUCAGCCACGACUUCCUGGCUUGGGGCCGCAUGAAGGAUCCCGACAAAGCGAUGCUGCUUGGGACUUGGAAGGACGCUGGUUGUCCUGGCGUCCAUGAUCUCUGCGUUUGA